GGGAAAGUGGUUGUAAAGGACACUUCGGAUUUUAUGAAUGGGAUGACGUAGUCCUAUUGUAACCAAUCAAAUUAUUAUCAGUUUUGUGAUUGACAGCUAGCUGAUUUUAUUUUGUAGAUAUAAAACGUAUCGUUAACUCUAAACGUAUCUGAUAUAUUGAACAUUUAUAUAAUCGAAGAUGCGAAUAGAUGUGUGCUUAGAUUUAAAAGGAACCAAUAGAUGCUUUGGACACACCCACUUGGCAUUUGAUGUUAUUACAACUCAUUGGAACUAACCAAACCCUCGAAGAGUCAGUUUUCCUUUAAUUCUUAUUCAUAGAGGUAUAGAUGUUAUAAAUUAACAAUAAACCUAAGAGGAGAUUAAUUGUAUAAAUAUGCCUGAUGCCAAAACGUAUCAUCAUUUCGAUGAAAGUUUCUGUGUAAAAGGAAUAUUGCAAACUUAUAGAAGAGGUCAGUAUUUUACUUACGUUCCAUCGGACAAUACUUCGAGAUAUGAAAAACUUAUUCGAUUUGAACAAAUUGACAAAGAGUGGUUUUAUUCUUAUAACAGUGAUAGGUAACUUGUGUGCUUUAAGCUUUGCUGCUCCUGCCUCAGAGGAUAGUUAUGGAGAUGAAAACAGUGAUACAAUGAAUGAGAAGAUUGAAAGUAUUAAAGCGAAAAUUUUGGAAGGAUUAGGAUACGCGAGACCACCAGUAUUAAACAACAUCACGAGAAACAUCGAGGAGAAACGGAGAAUGAUUAAGGAGUAUCGAAAGUAUAUGGAGGAUAGGGAGGUGGAAUCUGGCAAGAGGUUUUCUGGUGAGGAUAUGGGCGACGAUGACGACGAAGGGACAUCACUUGUCUCUAACCAUCUGCAUACUUUCAAAAAUACGGGAGCUGCACCACCGAAUGUGGAUACAACUGAUUGGCGAGUGACGAAAGCCAUCCGGCUCUAUUUUGAUGGCGACUUAGAGCAUCCGAAAGAUGAUUUCAACAAAGAACUGGUUGUUAACUCCGCUAAACUUAGAGUGAACGUUAAAAAGGUUAAACCAGACAAUUUAAAAGACCAGUUCUCCGUUGACAAGGUGUUACGCAUUAAUGCCUAUCAAAUCCUUACGAUACAAAAUUCCACAAACUACAAAAGAACUUUGAUAGAUUCUAAAUUAGUGUCCCUGACUGAUACAGGAGUCCAAAGUUUUGAGAUAACAAAAGCUGUUCAAAGCUGGAUAAAUGACAACAAAACUAAUUUAGGGAUAGAGCUUGCAGCCGAGGCUCAAGAUAUAAAUGAGUUAGUUGAACUAGAAAUGCCGCUUGAAAGCAAAACUAAGCAGCUUGCGUCUGGUGAGGUUCACACGAAUUCCCCAACAUUAGACGUGUAUGCUCAACUUAAAGAUAUCUUAAAACGGGUAAAACGUAGAUCUAGACGACACGGCGAAUGCCGAAGAAAACAAGGGAAGAGGAUAUGUUGUAGAAAUCCAAUUAGGAUUUCGUUUGCAGACAUCGGAUGGGAUGACUGGAUUAUUGCACCUCAUGAAUACAAAGGGUAUUACUGUGCGGGGGAUUGCCCCUAUGGCCACAAGAUGGCGAACACAUUCGCUGUGAUAAAGGAAUUGCUGCAUAUGAAAAAUCCAAACAAGGUACCCUCCCCUUGCUGUGUUGCUACUAAACUCAGUCCUUUCACGAUUCUGCAUUAUGAUUCCGAAGGAAAGUACCAAUUCAGUGACUAUCCCGACCUUGUGGUCGACCAAUGUAAAUGUGGCUAAACUCUUAAAGGUCGUAUUAUCACAGAGUAAAGUGGUGUGGUUGACCUGGGACAUGCUGAACAGUAUUCUUUAACAAAAAUAUGUUAAUAUUUAACAACAAAUCAUGCUUAAAUAUGUUUAUAUUUUCUCGUUCAAAGUAAAAGCCAUUAGUGUUUAUAAAAUGUUUUGUUCAAUCGUAAAAUCUACAUCAGCCAGUUGUAUUGAUUGUCCAAGUGUUAUUUUUUGGCCUUUGGCCAGUUUACAUUUUUAAAUGAUUUGAUUGGUAAUAUAAAUUAUUGGAUAACUAUUGGCUAUUCAGUUAACAUUAUGGCUUACUUUGACCAAACCAACGAGUUAUGGAGUUUUAUACCAUUGACUGCAGAUGGUCAGUGUAUCAAUCAUUCGUAUGUUGAUGACAAAAAGACUUUUAAAUAUGAGGAAUGAAAUGGACAAUAGAAUGACUGUGAAAAUGACAAGGAACCAACGUCAAAAAGUCACGUCUGUCACCUUUUAUAAAGAAGCAAACAUGAGCAUGAUAUCACAACGUGAGAAAUUCCAUCAUUUAUGUAUGUAUACGUAAGUUGAUUUAUAAUGCCAACUAGUAAUAAUUAUAAUGAUCAGUCUGCAGUCAAAUGUCAAAUAGUAUAGGUAUUAAAUACCACGUCGCAUUAACCUUUCGUGCAAUAUGAGAUGGCGAAUACAGGUUCGGCUGCUCCUAUCGCAAAUUAUGAUAUUCCUUACGUCAGCUGAACCUAAAGGACUGAACUUCUCUUGGCCAGUCGACUAUAAUCAUAAUGAUAAAAAUAUGAAGGGGCCAUGGCAAGAACUGUUAAGAAAUCUAAAUAUUUUGUCAUUUGAUUAAACAAAUAAGAGAUACAGUUCUCAAUUAGACAAAAUUUAAAUGAUAAAUCACAUAACCUGUAGAAGGGCGGUGCUUUAAUUGUUUAAAUAUGCCCUUUUCGGUGUGUAAGUGACAUAUGAACAUAACAUUACUGAUGCCAUUCGUCUAUUUUUUUGACAAAAGCCAGAUCUAGAUUAGCUAAUGAGGACAAGUAGAUCAUUUUUACUGAUUUAUGUAUUUUUACCUAUUCACUAGUUGAAUAAUUGAAAGCAUGAUGUUGUAAGUCAUUGUCAAAAUUAUGUCGAUCAGUAAAUUGCUGAAAACAAUACACCUAAACAUGGUUUUAUACUAUAAUUUGUGAUUCUGUUUGUGUCAGGACCACGGUGAACGAUUGUUACAAGAAAUGAUAUCACUGUAUUUAAAAAGAACAUUGUACUGUUGUUGUAAAUAUCGUAUUAUGAUUUAUUGUUAUUUAAGUCACUGACAAACCUGUUAUAUGUGCAA